AUGAAACAAGGGUUAGAUCAGAUCUGUGGACCGGAUGAUGGAUAUGUCCAUCAGAUCUGGAUCGGAUCUGAGAUCCGGAUCUUCGGAUCUGUACCCGGGAAUAUGCCCCCUUAUGAACUCGAUGACAUCAAAGUCAAGUACCAUCCGCACAGCAAACAACCUUCGACUAUACACCACUUUUCUGAAUUUUCCUGCAGUCACCCUCCAGAGGGUCAGGUACCUUAUAACAACUCACCUUGGGAGCCCUUCUGGAUGCGACUGGAUUACGAAGUCGCAGAGAUCGCGCUGACAAAAGAGCAGACAAACUGCUUGCUUGACCUCGUUCAUCAAUCUGCCAGCGUCGGCACAGACACAUUUACAUUGCAGAGUCACAAUGAGGUUCGCUCGCUAUGGGAAAUGGCUUCGCAGCAUUAUACACUGUUUCAAAAGGAUGUAGUAUCUUUUGAAAUGCACUAUCGCCCCCUCUGGGACUGGGCGCUUGAUCUAUUGCAAGACAUCUGUCUUGCAUGCCACUUUGUAUUUGAUGCACAAUGUCUUUCCAAAUUUAAUGGCGAAAAAUGUGUCCGCUUUAUAGAUGAACCAUGGACUGCCGACGCCUUCUGGAAUGCACAGUGUAGUCUCAACUUCUGCUGGAUGCAAAGCCACUCGCAUUCAUUCUAUAUGCUGACAAAAACAAAACUAUCUUCUUUUGGGACUGCCAAAGGCUAUCCGAUUAUUGCCCAUAUCGCGAACCUUCCCAUUCACAUUCGUAACGGCAACACAGCCCUAGGAGGAGGUCGUGUUGUCGGCUGGUUGCUGAUUGUCACCGAGGAUCAAAAACAUACCAGAAAGAAGAGUUUUGUAGACUUCAAAAAUGUGGUGUGGCAUAAGUCAUUCUACCAAAUCCUCUGGUCAAUUGAGCUGCAUUCAAAAACCAGCUACUGGUUUGAAUGCAGGGAUCAGAUUCAACACUGUCUCUGGCCCUUGAUACUGAUCCUAAGCGGGGAUUAUGAAGAACAAUGUGUCAUGGCAUUGAUUCGCGGUCUGAAAGGCAAAUUUCCUUGCCCAGUCUGUCUAAAUGUAUUCUGGAAUAUUUUUCUUGCAGAUGUUCAUCUGGCGCUUUCUGUUGACCGCCUGCAUAUGAAUCAUGAAGGGUUAUGGGAGGACCACCUGUGGAAGGACAUCCUAUUCUGGAUUUCUGAUAUUGGACAGGAAGCUGCUGUCAAACUCGAUGCGAACUUUGAUGCUCUCCCACAAUGGCCUAACCUCACACACUUUAAAGCCAUCGUAUCAGUCAAUUUCAACAAUGGCUCGUUCUACAAGAAUAUAUCAAAGCUCAUUCUCUUUACAGCACAAGACAUCCUAUGCUAUUUGCAGUCCAAGCUAGGAUAUCUACUUUUGCACUGCGUCCGGUACUAUAUCGAGCUCAACAUAUAUGCUUUGUUGGAAGUUCACACUGAGGAGACAAUUGCGGCUGGAAGGGCAACCCUGGAUAAGUUCUCAGAAUUGAUGGACGAUGUGGCUCCUCAGAUCCUACACUAUGACCAUUGGCUUCUUACUUCAACAUCAAUGCGCACUGAGCUCGAUGAGCAUGUUCGAAUGACUACCACUGACCCAGAGACAAACAAGCCUCUGCCAGUGUGUUUGGAACCGGAUCCUGUCACGCAUGUGCACUUGGGUUCAAAGCAGGACCAACAUUCUUUUUCAGACAUCACAUGCACACAUGGCUCUGACAGAGCCUUCACCGACUUCAGAAAAAAGCUAAAUGGCUUUCUUAAUGUGUUCCUGCCGCAGAAUGGUAUUCCCUUGCCAGACGGUCCAGGAAGGGUCCUUCAUCUCCAAGCCGAGGAUCAGAUUACGGAGUUCCGAUUUCUGCGAGUGAAUUACGAGUCCAUGGUUGAUUGGCGCAUGCGCCAAGACUUACUUUGGUGCAGCCCAUCAUUUUAUGGAUCGCCGAGGUUUGAUUGUGUGAUUGUGAAAACUGCUGGCAAACCAUUCAUUGCUCACCUUGUAUACUUGUUUGGUUGCUCAAUUGGUGAUGCUGACCUUCAUCUGGCCAUUAUCCAUCCUUAUGAUGUUGGUAUUGGUGUUCGUCGAAGGUGGGAUGUUGAUCUGGGCUUGUGGUGUGUACGUGCCAAACCCUGUUCAUCAUCCGAGAUCAUUUCGGUCCAGUCGAUUAUCUGA